AUGUCGUUCGAGACGGUGAUGCCGCCGUACAACGCGUCGGACCCGACGGCCAUGUUCUUCAGCUCGUCGUGCCUCGACUUCCUGCUCAUCGAGCUCGUGCCCAUGGCGUACCGCGUCGCCAACGAGGUCGACGCCGCCGCAAACGCCGCCGCGGCAGCGGUAACAGCCACAGCACAGACGCCUUCGUCCGCAACGGCAGCAGCAGCAGCAGCAGGUGCGCCGCCGCCGACAGAAGCGCUAUCCACAGCGCCUAGGCUAGGCGCAGGCGCGGCGGCGGCGGGCGCGCGGCGGGGCACCAUGGACGAGGAAGAGGAGCGCGACGCCGUCUCGUACCGGCUGGAGAUGCAGGGCUACCGUGUUGGGCAGGGCCUGGUGGAGAGGUUCUCCAAAGACCGACCGCGCUUCAACGACACGCUCGACGUCAUAAAGUUCCUCUGUAAGGACCUGUGGACGCUGGUGUUCAGGAAGCAGGUGGACAAUCUCAAGACCAACCACAGGGGCGUCUACGUCCUGACUGACAACUCGUUCCGGCCGUUUGCGAGGAUGAGCGCCGAAGCCGGUGGGCAGGCCGUGCUGAGGGCAGAACCGUUCCUAUGGUUCCCCUGCGGUGUCGUCCGCGGCGCCCUCGCCGCCAUGGGGAUCACGGCAACCGUGCAUGCCGAGACCACGGAACUUCCGGGAGCCGUCUUCCAGAUCAAGACCGUUUCCGCCAAGGCAUGA